CAUCAUCAGACAGCUGCAACGGCGCCCAAGGCCGCUUCACCGAACAGGUUCACUCCAUGUACGCACCCGCUGGAGCUCCAAUAGCUUUAACAGAAGCCAACAGUAGUUUACACGAACAGCAUACGUCUAGGACCUCGCAAUGGCCCCUCUCGCCGUUCGAUGAUCCCGCGAAUAGAGACGGUGAUGCUGUUCCCGAGGUUUCAAAGUCGAGUGAUCGUCUGGGUACGACGCAGAACAGAGAUCUAGAUGAUAUGUCGUCUAUUUCAUCGAUCGAUGAUAAUGACCGAUGGAAUACCCGGUCGUAGAGUUACUGGUGGUGUGUGCGCUGGUGUCGUAGGCUUUUGGUUGGGCCGGUUAGAUGUGAUUUCGGGUAUUUUGGUCUGGGCCGUCAAUG